GCUAUCGGUUCAACAAUCGUCAAGUUGACCAUCUCUUGGGGCAGCAGCUGUGGAACGGCGCAAGUUUAGCCAAAAAUGAAAUUGAAUUAGCCGGGCAAUAGCUGAGUUCGCGCACGCCCACGUCGAGAAUGUUCAAGCGCACAUUUAAGGUGGUCUAUCGGCCCAUUAGGAGCAAUUUUGUGCUGCUGCCGGACCAGUAUUACGGCGUCGUUUCGACCUAUGACACGGGCUGCCUGAGUCUGCAGUACAAUGGACGGGUGCACUACGCCUCUUGGGCGCCAGAGAAGGGCGGCGGGGGCAUUAAGGACACCGAAAUUGGGAUCAAUGCCAGAGCGGCCAAAGAGAUCGGUCUGCACGAGAAUGAUUUGGUCAAGUGUGCGCUCAUCGCUGACGUUCUCAACCUGCGCAGCGUCCACGUUACCCCCGUCUCGUCCAAGGACUGGGAGAUCAUUGAACUGAGCACUGAGAAAAUAUCUGGCAGUGUGCUGGAGCAAACUCGCAUUGUUAACUCCACUCAGAUUCUGAUUGUUUGGAUUAACAAGUCCAUGCAGGUGGCGCUGACAGUGGAUCGCCUCAAGCCGCACAUGAACUAUGGAAGAAUAGACCACAACACAGAACUGGUUGUGGCACCCAAUCUCUACAAAGGCCUAACCAAUGGAAGUACCAAUGGUGUCGCUGAAGAGAACACAAAACUCUCUAGGAGUAAAACUACUGCCCAGGUCAAGGAUGAUUUGUCCGAAAAGCCAAUCACACCUCUGACUCAUUCCUCAACGGUCUCGAAUGUGAAGAAUACCUUGCAACGCAACAAGCGGCAGGAUCAUAUGGAGCGUCUCAAAAAGGAUCUGCGCAGGGAGAGCUCGCGAAGCUUUGAAUUCCGGGUGAUUCGUGGCCUUUGGCGGGAACGUGCCCAAGAGUCGGAUGUAUUUGUAAAUCGUAAACAUCUGCCCGAGUACCUGGAUUUAGAUCAGUUCUACUGCAUGCACACAGCCGGCGACAAGGACUACUAUGUGCGAGUGCGCACUGUAGACGAGGAUCUGGAGGAUGAUUUACCAGGCACCAUUCACCCAUCCAUCGAACUGAAUGCCAACCUGAUGAAGUUGCUCGGCAUCAAAGAGCUGGAACGUGUGGUGCUCCGUUUUAAGACAACCGUGGUCAACUUUGUGGAGAAGAUCGAGCUGUUUGCCCACAAGAAGACGCACUACAAGAUCAUUGAAAACGCAUUUAAGCGGUUCGUCAUCGAGAGAACCCAGCAGAGACCGAUGCUGUUCAACCAGGAGGAGGUGGUGCGUUUAGAGGACGACUUGCUGGUCACAGUUGGCAUAUUGCCAGAGCACUUUAGGUACUGCGUUGUCGAUGCUCAGUUUCUGAAAGAAUCCAAGAUCUAUGCCGCUGAUCUGGUGCGUCCGGUGAACGAGAUUAUCAAGGAGCAGCCUCCAGUCACAUCGCCGCUGAGUGUCAAGGAUCUAAUACGUCUGCCCGAGUAUGACAAGAUUGUGGAUCAGGUGGUUCGGGAGCUGCGCCUGAAUCUCUGCCUGAACGAAGACAACUCGGUGAUGCGGCAGUGCAAUGUCCUGCUUACCGGUGCCUCUGGAACGGGUAAAACCGUGCUGGUUGAGCGCAUUCUGGACCAGCUAUCCCGCAAACCGGACUAUUGCUACUUUGACAUCUUCUACGGCUCAAGGAGCAAAGGUCGCAAGACGGAAUCCAUCCAAAAGGAUCUGCGCAACAUCUUCACCAGCUGCCUACAGCAUGCACCUGCAAUUGUGGUUUUGGAGAACCUGGACGUUCUGGCCCACUCGGCUGGGGAGCAGUCCAGUCAGGAUGGGGAGUACUACAACCGCAUGGCGGAUACAGUGCAUCAGUUGAUCGUCCAGUAUACCACAGGCAAUGCAAUUGCAGUGAUUGCCACCGUCAACGAGCUGCAGACACUUAAUAAACGUUUGAGUUCUCCGCGAGGCAGGCAUGUCUUCCAGACUGUGGCUCGUUUACCCAGCCUGGAGCGACCGGAUCGUGAGAUUAUCCUGCGUGAGCUCUGCAGCCAUAUCGAUGCGUCCAAGGAGCUCGAUCUGGUUAAGUUCUCCAACCUCACCGAGGGCUACCGGAAGUGUGAUCUUGUUCAGUUCGUGGAGCGAGCCAUUUUCUAUGCCUACCGCUUGAGCAAGACGCAGCCGCUUCUGACGAAUGACCAGCUCAUCGAGUCCCUGGAGCACACAAACUCCUACUGCCUGCAGGGCAUCAAGAGUAAUCAGAAGACUGGCAGCGAGGUGGAGGCCAAUGAAAUGCGUGUGGAGGAACUGCCUGGUUUAGAGGCUGUAGUGGGGGUGCUCGAGGAGGUUCUUAUGUGGCCAUCAAGGUAUCCCACAAUUUUCAAUGCUUCACCGUUGCGCAACCAAGCCGGAGUGCUCCUGUACGGACCUCCUGGAACUGGCAAGACUUACCUGGUCUCUCAGUUGGCCACCUCUUGGAACCUGCGCAUUAUUUCCGUAAAAGGACCCGAACUGCUGGCCAAAUAUAUUGGCCAAAGCGAGGAGAACGUACGGAACCUGUUCAAUCGCGCCCGCAGUGCUCGUCCAUGUGUCCUCUUUUUCGACGAGUUCGACAGCUUGGCCCCGAAGCGCGGGCACGACUCCACAGGUGUUACGGAUCGUGUGGUCAAUCAAUUGCUCACUGAACUAGAUGGCGUGGAGGGACUCCAGGGCGUCACGGUGAUAGCUGCCACCUCGAGACCGGAACUGUUGGAUCCGGCGCUCCUACGAUCAGGACGCAUUGAUCGUCUGGUGGAGUGUCCUUUGCCCGAUGCCGUGGCCCGAGUACGCAUCUUAGAAGCCCUCAGUUCCACUUUGAGCCUAGAUGAGUGCGUGGACUUUGAGUGGUUUGCGGGAAGAACGGCCAACUAUACCGGCGCUGAUCUUCAGAGCAUUCUGACCUCGGCGAACAUGGCGGCAGUUAAGGAGGCUCUGGCUCAAUUCGGACACGAGAAAUUGCCAAAGAAAAUCUCGCUGAGGCAAAAACACCUGAUCGAGUCCUUUCAAACCACAAGACCGUCCCUUAGUGCUUCCGAUGUGGCCAAAUAUCAAAGAACGUAUUCUCGCUUUACCAACAAGGAGAAGACCUCCAGGGAGUUUGUAGCCAAACGCGCAACUUUGGCUUAAAGACAAAGACUUAAUAAGCUUAGCAUUAUCAUUAUCUUUAGAUUUACUUUAUAUAAAUGUAACUGUGCAUCGGUCACGUUUUGUUAGGAGGCGUAUGGCUUUGGGUUUUGUAUAUUUCAUAUUAUUGUUGAGCCAAUAAAAACGAAAUUGUUUUAAUAA